CGCUGGGUACUCAGACCGGAAGCUCGCUCCGCUCUUGGCAGCAAGAGGAAGCCGGUGUUGUUGACACUUCGACAGGCGACAAUGGCGACCGACGUGAGACAGGAGCUUGCACAGCUGAUGAACUCAACUGGAUCUCACAAAGAUCUCGCUGCCAAAUAUCGACAAAUUUUGGAGAAGGCCAUCGGGUUUACAGAUGCAGAGCAGCUGGAAUCCUUGAAGGCCUUUGUUGAAGCAAUGGUCAAUGAAAACGUCAGUCUUGUCAUCUCGAGACAGCUGCUCACCGAUUUCUGCACACAUCUGCCCAACCUGCCCGACGCCACAGCUAAAGCAGUGUAUCACUUCACCUUGGAAAAGAUUCAGCCGAGGGUCAUCUCCUUUGAGGAACAGGUAGCCUCAAUCAGACAGCACUUAGCAACCAUUUAUGAAAAGGAGGGAGACUGGAGAAAUGCUGCCCAGGUUUUAGUUGGUAUUCCCUUGGAAACAGGACAGAAGCAAUAUAAUGUCGACUAUAAGUUGGAUACGUACCUGAAAAUUGCCCGUCUCUACUUAGAGGAUGAUGAUCCAGUGCAGGCGGAGGCCUACAUCAACAGAGCCUCUUUGCUUCAGAAUGAGUCCUCUAAUGAACAGCUGCAGAUACACUAUAAAGUGUGCUACGCCAGAGUUCUAGACUUCAGGAGGAAAUUCAUUGAAGCUGCACAAAGAUACAAUGAGCUGUCUUAUAAGUCAAUUGUCCACGAGAGUGAACGUCUGGAGGCACUGAAACACGCCCUGAAUUGCACCAUACUGGCCUCUGCAGGCCAGCAGCGCUCCCGUAUGUUGGCCACCCUCUUUAAGGAUGAACGCUGUCAGCAGCUGGCAGCCUAUGGUAUUCUGGAGAAGAUGUACCUGGACCGUAUCAUCAGAGGAAACCAGCUGCAGGAGUUUGCUGCCAUGCUGAUGCCUCACCAGAAAGCCACCACAGCGGAUGGCUCCAGCAUCCUUGACAGAGCUGUGAUCGAACACAACCUCCUGUCUGCUAGCAAACUCUACAACAACAUCACUUUUGAAGAACUAGGAGCUCUGUUGGAAAUCCCCCCAGCAAAGGCUGAGAAAAUCGCUUCCCAGAUGAUCACUGAAGGACGCAUGAAUGGCUUCAUCGACCAGAUAGACGGCAUUGUACACUUUGAGACCCGUGAAGCCCUUCCCACCUGGGACAAACAGAUCCAGUCUCUGUGUUUCCAAGUCAACAACCUCUUAGAAAAAAUCCGUUCAGCUGCUCCGGAGUGGGCCGCACAGGCUAUGGAAACCCAGAUGACCCAGUAAACAUCCUCCAAACUGCCCCCUCCUCAGCCUGUCCUAAACAACAUCACCACUUCAGCACCAGUCACGGAAGCGCUCGUGGAGAAACCCCCGGUAUCACCAUCACAUGUUUGAAUUUUUAAAGAACACUGUUUCAGUACUUCCAGCCACAAGGAAAACAGCUCAGUGUUUCUCAGUAUUUCAGAUCUGUGUCAUUGUUUUCACAGGAGCAUCAACGAUGUAACGUUUAGGUGUGACUCCAUAUUAUUUGCUCGGCAUCUUAAAAAUUUGGAUGUGAUUAUUCAGAUAGUUGACAUGUAACAGGCUCAAAAAGACUGGUGUGUUGAAGCUUUUCGCUCCAACACAUUCUCCUGUUAUUCACAUUAUGACACAGCAACAUCUGUCAGCUGGUUCUUGAUUUAUGGCGUCAUGUAAAACCCUCUCGGUCCACACUUAUGAAAUUUUGAAUUAAAUUUAAAGCGGAGAGAAA